AUGUACCUCAAAUCCGUACUCAAGAAUCGCCCACUCACCUCCAUCAACAGACUCUCCACCUGCAAUCCCCGACUCAGCACCAGGAUGUUCGCUGCUCAAGCCCAUCAGAACGCCCAGGCAAAGACACUUGCAAACCAGCACAAGCUCCCCAGACUGCCAGUGCCAGAUCUUCAAGAGAGCUUAGAUGGCUACCUCACUAGUUUAUUGCCGCUGCUCGAAGACAAGGUGCGUGGUGGAUCUGAUGACGCGACUUCACGCUCAUAUACCGACCAGUAUGGCAAAGCAGCUCUGCCUAACGAGCUCGAGAAGCGCAAACUCUAUAUCAAAGACUUUGCUUGCAAAGACGGUCUGGGAAGAGCUCUCCAGGAGCACCUGGAUCAUGUCUCGCCAAAUAACUGGCUUAACGACACACUCUGGCUCGCUCUGGCGUACCACACCUGGCGAGCGCCCCUCCCAGUCAACUCUAAUUGGUGGCUCUGCUUUGCGCCAGACCCUACCGACACUGUUCCGCCCGUCACCUCGCUUGGGGGCAAGUCCCUCGACUCCUCAACUGUCAGUCUGCCCGAACCGAACCCUCUGGGAGAUGCAGCGAAAGGCAGUCAAGGCGGAGGUGCUGAAUGGAUUCAAUCCAACUCUAUCGACCCUCCCGUGGCAUUCGAUCAAGUGACGAGCGAAGAAUGGAUCACCCCGCAUCAGAUCCGCCGAGCAGCUUGGCUGGCCCGGCGAUUCGCAGAGUUUAGGGCGAAACUUCAUAAAGAGGAGGUGGUGCCUGAUGCUGCGAGGAAUGGGACACCGUUCUGCAUGAGCCAGUAUCUCAACAUGUUCAACUUGGCACGUGUACCACUCCCGCAGUGCGACGCUUUCUCCACCCCCCAACCCAAGGCUACCCACGUCUCCCUACUCAUUGACAACCAAUACUACUCUGUAGACAUCUUUGCCCCUUCCACGGACGGUGUUCCGGAACCGUUACCUGUGGCAGAGAUUGAAAGCCGGUUCAAAGCUGCUGUAGCUGAUGCCAAGAAACGCAAAGAUGCUGGAGAAGCUGCCCCAGAAGUUGGGAUUCUGACUGGGGAUGAAAGAGACAACUGGGCCAAGACGCGCGAACGCCUCAUCCUCCUCUCUCCCUCCAACCGCUCCACAUUCAACUCCCUCUCCUCCUCCCUCCUCUCUCUCUCCCUCGACCCCUACACCCUCCCCUCCGUCCCACCCCCUUCCAGCGAUCCUCUUCGCCUACCCUCCGUCGACGCCCAAAUGCGCAAUAACGCUACAGGCAUCAGGGGCGGGAGCAAUAGGUGGUUCGACAAAGCCGUGAGCGUGGCGGUGGAGACGAAUGGUAGGGCAGGGAUUAUGGGGGAACAUUCGCCGGUGGAUGCGCUUAUACCGAGUAUUGCGGCGGAGUAUGCGUUGGCGGAGGAUGUGGAUGAGUCGCAGUUUGGGCAUGCGCCCGCGACGGCCGGGGCCGAGGGCUGGCAGAGGCAUGACUGGGUGAUUGAUAAUGAGACGCUGUGCCAGAUUGAGGAUGUUAGAGGCAAGACGAACAAGCUGAUCGAAAAUUCUGAUUCGAGCCAGCUCUGGUGGGGUGAAUAUGCUGCCGAAUGGAUCAAAAAGUCUGCCAAGCAAUCCCCCGACGCAUUCAUCCAACAAGCCCUCCAGCUCGCUUGGUUCCUCGACCAAGGCUACCCCACCGCUACUUACGAAACCGCCUCGACCCGUACAAUGCUACACGGCCGCACCGACGUCAUCCGCUCCCUCUCCUCCGACUCUCGCGCUUUCGUCCUCUCCAUGACAUCCCCCACCUCCUCCCCCCAAGAGCGCUACGCCCUCCUCUCCAAAGCAUGCACCACCCACAACACGCUCACCAAGAACGCCUCCUUCGGAAAAGGGUAUGACCGGCAUCUGAUGGGGCUGAAAGUGCAGCUGAGAGCUGGGGAGACGCAUCAGAUCUUUGAAGAUGAGCUGUAUGCGAAGAGUCAGGAGUGGAAGCUGUCGACGUCGGGGUUGAGUGCUGGGAAAAAGUUUAUGGGGACUGGGUUUGGGGCGGCUUGGCCGGAUGGGUAUGGUAUCAACUACCUCGCGGGCCCACACCUGAUCAAGUUCGGGAUCGAGUCCAAGUUUUCGUGUGACAAGACGUCGACGCAGAGGUUCAAGCACAAUAUUGUACAGGCGUUGAGGGAUAUGAGGGAGCUUUGUGAGGGUGUGGCGGGAAAGGCGAAAUUGUGA